CUGUUCUUAGGAGUAAUCGUAGCCACACUGAUCGCCUACCUGCUAGGCGCGCUCCCGAUCGCUGCGUGGAUAAGCAGGCGCAGUGGGAUCGAUAUUUUCAGUGUGGGCACGGGACUUCCGGGCGCGUCAAACGUCCGCAGGAGCGUCGGCAAUAUUCCCGGUGGCUUGGUGCUGAUUGGCGAUUUGGCGAAGGGAGCUAUAGCUAUAGUCGCGGCGCGUCAGAUGCAGGUCGAAGGGCUGUGGCUGAUAUUGCCCUGCUUCGCCAUGGUCAUCGGACACUGGAGGUCGAUAUUCACAGGCUUCAAGGGAGGAGACGGGCUUGCCCCUCUUGGCGGCGCGAUCCUCGUGAUGUUUCCGCCGUUCAACGGCUUCCUCGCCGUGUUUAUCGGUUCUAUCGUGACUCUUGGCGGACAGAAACUGCCGUACACAUCGCUGCUCGGCCUUGUUGCUGGCAUCGGGGCCUUGCUCUGGCUGAGCCGAUACUAUCCCUCCAACCCGAAUGAUCUAGCGCUCUCCGCUGGAGUCGCCAUUAUCGCGGUGCUCGUGCUGCUACACGCCUCGGUCGGCCAUCGCAGGCGCAAUUCAAGUGCGGACUGGAGCAACUUGGACGACGGAGAAGGCGCAACCGAAUAG